AUGAACACAAUGAGGUCGAAUGCUCGCCCCGUGGAGCUCCAGGAGGGAUUCUACAUCCCUAUCGCGCUGGAUACCAACAACAUCACUUCACUCAGCCCCUUCCUGGUUCCUCAGGACCACCUGGCGGGCAGUGCUGUCUUCUAUGGCAUGUCAUUUUUCAUGUUCUUCCUAUUUGUUGCCGGCACUGCUAUCAACGUCCUUACCAUCGUGUGUACUAUCCAGUUCAAGAAGCUGCGAUCCCAUCUCAACUACAUUCUGGUGAACUUGGCAAUAGCUAACCUGCUGGUGUCCAUGUUUGGAUCCUCCACCGCCUGCUUGUCCUUUGGCAACAGAUACUUUAUCAUGGGAUCGGUUGCAUGCCAGAUUGAGGGAUUUACAGCUACUCUUGGCGGUAUGGUGAGCUUAUGGUCUCUCUCAGUAGUGGCGUUUGAAAGAUGGUUGGUUAUUUGUAAGCCAGUCGGUAACUUUCAAUUCAAGAGCACACAUGCAAUACUUGGCUGUGCAAUCACUUGGGUGUUUGGGUUGGCUGCCAGUCUUCCCCCUCUGUUUGGCUGGAGUAGAUACAUUCCAGAAGGUCUCCAGUGCUCCUGUGGACCAGACUGGUACACCACAAACAACAAAUACAACAAUGAGUCCUAUGUCAUGUUCCUCUUCUUCUUCUGCUUCGGCGUCCCAUUCAGUGUCAUUGUUUUCUGCUAUGCCCAGCUGCUCUUCAUGAUGAAGGCGGCUGCCGCGGCACAGGCAGACUCUGCCUCCACCCAGAAGGCAGAGAAGGAGGUCACCAAGAUGGUGGUGGUGAUGGUGGUGGGCUUCCUAGUGUGCUGGAUGCCCUACGCCUCCUUUGCUGUCUGGGUUGUACAAAACCGCGGUGCACCCUUUGAUCUCCGAUUGGCCUCCAUACCUUCCUGCUUCUCCAAGGCCUCCACAGUCUACAACCCUCUCAUCUAUGUCUUCAUGAAUAAGCUGUUCCGCUCAUGCAUGAUGAAUUUGCUGGGAUUGAAGUCCGGAGAUGAUGAGGAAGCAUCAUCAACAUCCUCAGUCACUCAAGUGUCUUCUGCUGGUUAA